AUGGGUCGUCGUAAGAUUGAGAUUACGGAAGUGAAGGACCCCAACACCAAGCAAGUUACAUUUUCCAAGCGUCGAACAGGUUUGUUCAAAAAAGCAAACGAAUUAUCAAUUUUGUGUGGAGCUGAAGUUGCUAUUGUUGUGUUUUCACCUGGGAACAAGCCUUACUCUUUUGGGCACCCAAGUGUGGAUGCUGUUGCAGACAAAUUUCUUCAACAAGAGACUGCAUCAUCAGACGUUGUUGUCAGACCAAAUCUUGUUGAAGGAACUAACUCAUCUAAUGCCGACAACGUAGAUGCACUCAAUCAACAGUUGUCUGGUGUUCAAACUCAAAUACUCGAGGAACAUAAGAAAACCGUUGAACUUGACAGGAAACAGAAGCAGCAAGAAGUCACCAAACUCACCCACAACAAACAGUUGCAACGUUCAUACCUCAAGGUUCAGCGUAAGGUGGAGGAUUAUCUUGAUGCAGUUGAAGUCUCAGAGUAUUUGUUGCUCCUCGCAAAAGAACCUGUAAUUGGAAUAACAAAACAUGUAACUACAAAAAGAACGAGAAAGAAUUGA